CAAGCGGAAGUGCAGUGUUCGGAUUGUAAACAGACCACGCGGUUGACCGGAGCAGAUCAUGACGGGCUCAGCUGUAGCGGGGCUGGCGGUGAAAUGUGCGCUGCUGGCCGCGAUUUGCAGCCGGUGUCGGGCUCUGCAGGGCGGGAUGUUGUUUCCCAUAGACUCCCCGAGCAGAGAAGUCAAGGAUGUGAGCGGCCUGUGGAGCUUCCGAGCCGAUCUGUCGGACAACCGGAACCGCGGAUUCGAGGAGCAGUGGUUCAGCAGACCUUUGGAGGAGACGGGUCCAGUGAUUGACAUGCCGGUGCCGUCCAGCUACAAUGACAUCACACAAGAUGCCAAAAUCCGAGAUUUCAUUGGCUGGGUUUGGUAUGAGAAGGAAGUACUGGUUCCCACACGCUGGAUCCAGGACAGGGGAACACGCAUCGUGCUCCGAGUGGGAAGUGCACACUAUUACUCUGUGCUUUGGGUGAACGGGGUGGAGAUGACUGAACAUGCAGGCGGUCAUCUGCCAUUCGAGGCGGACAUCAGUAGCGUUCUGCGUCAGAGCUCUGGAGGUCCGUGUCGAAUCACCAUAGCAGUGAACAACACUUUAUCUCUGGAAACACUUCCACCAGGAACCAUCCAGUACAUGAACGACCGCACAAGGUACCCUUCUGGCUACUUUGUUCAGAACACCAACUUUGAUUUCUUCAACUAUGCUGGAAUACAUCGCUCCGUCCUGCUGUACACGACACCCGCGGUGCACAUUGAUGACAUCACAGUGCAGACGGCAUUCUCCGAUAACAUCGGACUGGUCAGUUAUAAUGUGUCAGUGUUGGGCGGCUCUAAAGCGGCUGUGAAAGUGACGCUCUCAGCGAAGGACGGCAGAUGUGUGGCCUCGUCUGAAGGCCUCAGAGGAGUCCUCAAAAUCACAGAUGUCAACCUGUGGUGGCCUUAUCUGAUGCAUGAGAACCCCGGAUACCUGUACUCCAUGGAGGUUCAGGCGAGCGCAGAGGACGGACAGACGGACAUUUACACUCUUCCUGUGGGCGUUCGUACUGUUCAAGUCACCAGCACAAAGUUUCUAAUCAAUAAUAAGCCGUUUUACUUCCAUGGGGUCAACAAACACGAGGAUGCAGACAUUCGAGGGAAAGGCUUCGACUGGCCUCUGGUGGUGAAGGAUUUUAACCUGAUGAAGUGGAUGGGAGCGAACUCUUUCCGCACCAGUCACUAUCCGUACGCUGAGGAGAUCCUGCAGACGGCGGAUCGACACGGCAUCGUCAUCAUCGACGAGUGUCCAGGAGUCGGCAUUAAAGACAUACGCAGUUUCGGUAAUGUUUCUCUGGCUCAUCAUCUGACCGUGAUGGAGGAGCUGGUCAGACGUGAUAAAAACCAUCCGUCUGUGGUCAUGUGGUCUGUGGCCAAUGAGCCGGCGUCUGAAAUGCCGCCUGCGGGACUCUACUUUAAGGAGCUGAUCUCUCAUACGAAGUCUCUGGACUCCAGUCGUCCAGUCACGUUUAUUACCGACAGCAACUACGCCAGAGAUCAGGGGGCACCAUAUGUGGACGUGGUGUGUGUGAACAGUUAUUUCUCCUGGUAUCACGAUCCGGGUCACACUGAGCUCAUCCGGCUGCAGCUCAGCACUCAGUUUGACAACUGGCACGGAAAAUACCAGAAGCCCAUCAUUCAGAGCGAGUACGGAGCUGACGCUGUCCCUGGCCUGCACAGCGAUCCACCCAUGAUGUUCACAGAGGAGUACCAGCGGGCCGUCCUGCUGAACUACCACAGCGUGUUCGACCAGAAGAGGAAGGAGUUUGUGAUUGGAGAACUGAUCUGGAACUUCGCCGACUUCAUGACGGCUCAGACCAUCACUCGAGUGGUGGGCAACAAGAAAGGAGUGUUCACUCGUCAGCGUCAGCCUAAAGCCGGAGCGUUUAUUCUGCGCGAGCGUUACUGGAGGAUCGCCAACGAGAGCGGAGUGUUGCCCACCUGGAGCAGAUACCCCUGUGUCUAAACACACACCAAAGACAGUCACACACUGAUCAAUCUGUCAGCUGAUUUUGCCUUUAAACACACUUCUAUUACGCCAAAGGUUUACACCACAGAAGCAGCAACACUAUUGAACUGCACACGUGCCUUAUGAUCAUUCACAUUGUGAAAGUUUACACUGAUGCUCAGCUUAAAACACCUCCAGCAGGUUUCACCUCAAACACAAUUAAAAAAAUACGUUUAAUUAAUGCGCUUUUCCCCAAAUACGAGAUUAUUUGCAUGAAAUAAUUAUGUAUAACAUUAUAACAUGUGUUGCACUGACUUAAAAUGGUCAAAAUUACUCAAUAUUUACUCCUCCUCGAGUGGGUUUCUGAGAUUCACUCUUACGUUGAACAGUAAAUAUCUAUUAUUUUGAUGAAUGUUGGAGACCUGUAACCAUUGACUUGCACAGCAGGAAAAACGAAUACUCUAAAAGUCAAUGGUUACAGGUUUCCAACAUUCUUCAAAAUAUCUUCUUUUGAGUUCAACAGAAGAAACUCAAAUGAUGAGUAAAGGAUUGAAUUAUUUGUGAACUGUCCCUUUAAUGCACGUUUAUAUUUUAACAUGUAUUACUGUAAUAAAAUAGAAUGAUAAUCUAAUUAAGAUCUUCAAUGAUGAGUAAAGAAAUUAUUAAAAAUUAAUGUAAAAUGUUUCAUUUAACAAGAGUUAGUGCUAAUAAUAUAUACUUUUACUUUUAAAGUUGUAAAAUCUGGCUUUAAUACAGAUUAAUGCCAUUAAAAUAAUUGCGUUACUCUAAUAACAGUCUAAUAAAGGUCAUCUCUGAUUAUAAAUAUGCAAUAGUAUAUGUAUUUCUGUUAUGUAUUGUAAUAACGCAGCUUUAUAUUUAAAAAAUCAUUGCAUAUUAAAUGAUAAUUUAAUGGUAUCACUUUAUUUUGAUGGUUCCUUUAACUCUGUUGAAUUUAAGUUGCAUUGCAUCAACAUGCCAACUGAUUCUCAUUAUAAGUAGACUGUUGGGUUGGGGUUAGUGUAACUGGUGUGCUUGCAGUUUCUUAUAGUCAGUUAAAUGUCUGUUGAAGGAGCAGAAUCAGCAGAUAUUAAGCAGACAGUCUACUAAUACUCAAAUGAAAAUUAAUGCAACUUUUAGUCAACAAAAUGUGCAAAAGGGACCAUCAAAAUAAAGUGUUACCUGCUCAUCUAAAGGAUCAUCUCUGAUUAUGUUUACAUGGGCAUCAGUAAUCGAAUUAUUUGCUUUAAUCUAAUUAAGAGAGUAAAAAGACUAAGGUCUACACUGACUCGGUAGGUGCAAAGAGUGUCAUGUGUGUGUGGAGGAUCCUGUGUGUGCACUUUAAUAAUGCGGAUUAAAUCGGCAUACUCCACAUGUCUUUAUUCGAUUUCUCUUGAGUUCGAUUAUGACCGUAAUCAGGUUAAAUGAAUUUAAAAAAACAAAAAAAAUCGUUGUUUACAUGGUCGACUCGUGGUCAUUGAUUCAGCGAGAAUUUGAGGGGGAAAUGUUUUUAAUUAAAACACACACACACACACACACACACAUGAAUGUAAACGCUAUUUUAGAGGUUCAAAGUGAACUGGAAGUGUUUCUGUACAACUCAAACGUAAUAUAUGAGUGUUUUAUUAGAAGCAUUGGGGAAAAUAAGUUGGUUUUGUAUUCAUUCUGAUUAUAACUUGUUAUAAUUGCGGUGGUAUUCUCAUUUGAAUGUGUCUGUGUAUGAACGCUGAUUUUUAUAUGACGGCAGAUUGUACUUUAAUAACUUUAUUCAGUCUAUUAUGUGUGUUUUGGCCAUUCCAGAGUGAAAAUAAAACACAUUCCACAAGA